GGCAGUAUGAAAUAACUAAAAGAGAUUGUGUGACGCGUAAACGUGUGGGACGUUGUCACGCAAUCAGGAACUAAUAUAAUAGAAGUCAACGAAAAUUAUGCAUUCGGUUAUUUAUACUGCUGCGAAGUUUUCUGCUGCCUUUCUCUGUUCACAGUCCUCUCGGAAAAGCAAGUCUUUCAUUUCAGCUGCUUCCAUUCAUUUGAGAAAAAUGGUGCAUUACCUAACAGAGCAGAGAGGACGACCUAAUUCAACUGACUACAGGAUUUAUUUAAAAACUUCAGAUGGAAAAUACAUAUCCCCUUUCCAUGACAUUCCUCUGUAUGUUGCUGACGAUCAGGAAUGUGGUGUUCCACCAAAGAAAAUGAAAACGAAUGAGAUCCUGUUUAAUAUGGUCGUAGAAGUUCCUCGUUGGUCAAAUGCCAAGAUGGAGAUAGCAACAAAGGAACCAUUAAACCCGAUCAAGCAAGAUGUGAAGAAAGGCAAGCUACGAUAUGUAGCUAACAUUUUUCCACACAAAGGUUACAUUUGGAACUAUGGUGCACUUCCACAGACAUGGGAAGAUCCCAACCACACUGACAAGGAAACCAUGUGCUGUGGAGACAAUGACCCUAUAGACGUGUGUGAGAUCGGCUCCAAGGUGUGUGUAACGGGGCAGGUGAUUCAGGUUAAAGUUCUUGGAAUUCUGGCUUUGAUAGAUGAAGGAGAGACUGACUGGAAGGUAAUAGCCAUCAAUAUAAAAGACCCAGAUGCAUCGAGCCUUAAUAGUAUUGAGGAUGUGAGAAAGGUUAAGCCUGGUCAUCUUGAGGCUACGGUGGAUUGGUUUAAAAAAUAUAAAGUGCCAGAUGGAAAGCCUGAGAACCAGUUUGCAUUCAGUGGACAGUUUAAGGAUAAGGACUUUGCUAUAGAAGUCAUAAAAUCAACACAUGGCUACUGGAAUGCUUUAGUGAUGAGGAAAAAGAUGAAAGGUGAUGAAAUUGUUUGUCAAAACUCCUCCUUGUGUGAUACUCCAUUCAAAUGCAGUGAUGCAGAGGCCAGUGCUGUGGUUCAAGCUGCUGCAGAAUAUGGGGAACCUCUCCCAGUACCUUCUGAAGUGGACAAAUGGCACUUCUUUGCAAAGUAAAAGAUCAUUCACACUUUGCAGAGUGAUCUCACAAGAAGGUAGAAAAGGGCCGAAGAUGCUAUUACAUGGGUCCAGUAAUAUCCAUGGUACAAAGAUUUUUAUGUUUCAUUAAUGUUUUAUUUUUAAAACAUGGCUUUAUUUAUUAGCACAAGGCACAAACACUUACUUGUCAUAUAUGGGGUGAAAUGAGCAAGUAAUUUUUUGCAGUAACAUUGUUUGACAUGUUUCUGUUGAUAAUUAUUGUUAAUUUACAUAUUUGAAAAUAUAUGUGUUUCAGUGCCAAAGCUCAUGUUAUCUUUCAUACUUUAAAGGUUAAAUAGUUAACAAUCUCUUCAACGUGAGGUUUUACUCUCAUUUUAUCAUUUUUUUUUUUUUUUUUUUUUUUCCCCUUGAAUUUGUUUACUUACUUGGACUGACUUAGGAACAGAUGUUUAUCAAGGACAGCAUUUUAUUUUUGUAAGUGUUUAGUGUGUCGGUUGCAACAAACCCUCUGGUUUAAUAUCCGUGUAAACAGGAAGUUGCGAACUUCAGUAUUGUGACAUUUUCGAGGGGUGUAAUGGUUCUGUUUAAAAAAAAAAAAAUCGUACAGUACCGUACUUCAUCACGUAUAAAAAUUACACACACCCAUAGCGAAAAAGUGAAUUUUGAAGGCGUUAUGUUCAUUUUUGAAAAUGUAUGUUUUUGUUACUAGAUAAGGCAGUUUGGGGUGUGAGUGUGUGCAUUGUAUAUUGCAGAACAGCAGAGGUUGUUUACCAGAGGUUUUCCAAAAAAACCCCGAAAAAACUCGAAGGAACCAGCAGCGAAUUAGUCUUCUGGGUUAUGUCAUACCUGCACCACUCUUUAUGACUUAGGCUGUAUCCGAAAACUUAGGCAGCUGACUUGUCGCCUCGCUGCCUUAUCAGGCAAUGACUUUGUAGGCAGGGUUUGCUUAUGAAGGUACCUCACGAAACUGAUUUUGCACUUCUGAGGCAGCGUAGCAUGAAAGGCGCUCAGUUGACAGAACUGUCACUGUCCCGAUUGUGCCAGUGCUGCAUCGUCACAAAAGUUUAUCAUUUGCAUGUUUUUAAGCCUUGCCACUUUAACCAUUCAAGCGCAAGAGAAAAAGAACUCGCGCACGCUGUAUGAGAAGUUUUGUGCGCGCACUCAUCCGAUGGGCGCAAAUGUCUCAGACAGCGUGUGAAUGCUAAAUUGCUUUGAAGUCUUCUUUUGCUUCUUUUUGCUAAUCAAACAACAAAAGGCAAAUAAAUCACUCACUGCUCUUUACUGAAUCACUUUUUUAACUUUAAUAAAGAAUCAAUCUUUAAUUUAUACAGUGAAGAGUAUAUGCAGUGUUAUUUUACAUUUGAUUGCUUUAUUCAGUAUCUGUACCUGAAAACUACUGUUAGACCUACCUGAAAAACCUGAAAAGCACUGUUUUUUAUUUUGUGUUUUUGCUCUAUUGUAUUCAUUUGUGCUAUUUCUUGUAGUUUGAUUAUUUUUUUUCUUAUUUUCUUUAUUUUUUAUUUGACAGUAGUCCUUUUUUCCUGAACAUAGCACAUACAAAACUGUUCCAAAACCAUGAAAUUAAAACCGCGAUACAAACCAAACCAUGAGUAAUGUGGACCAUUACACCCCUAAAAUUUUCUGAGUGAAACGUGGCUUGUUUUUUUGUUUUUUUUUCCCUCUGGGAAUUGGUUGGACCUAGAAAAGCAGGCAGUCCAUUCAGCUCAUUGUCAAAGCUCACAGCAGAAUGACAGUUGGAGGCGAUGUUAUACCCAAGCCAUCAAACUGAUGUCAUCAUAGAAGGAAGGCCAUUCCAGAGGGAAAGUACAUCUUCAGAUUUUGAUUAAAUAUUACAAAGACAAUUUUUUUUUUUAAAUCCCUUUUUUUUUUUUUGUGGAUAUACUUGGAUGAAUUGUUUAUUGUUUGAUGAAUUGUUUGAAUUUGUUUUCAACACUAGUAAUGUGCGCUAACAAAGCAAAUAUGGUCAAUUUUGAUUUCAUGCCAACUUUAAGAAAACCCUUACAAUUGUUACAAUUGUAUUGGAUUUAUAUUUAGGUAAUAAUUGUCUUACUAGGAUUUUGCCAAUUCAUAUAAAAGUAUAGCCUAUACGGUUGGAGCACAGCAGCUUCCUUUUUUUUAACAGAGAAAUAAAAUUUGGGUAACAUUUCA